AUGGCGGACGCUCGCACGCCGGCACGGCCGCCUGCCCGUAAGGCGGUGGCGCCGUCGACCGGCAAGCAACAGAGCAUCCUCGGCUUCUUUGCAAAGACACCCUCGACUGUCCGCCCUUCGGCAUCGAAGCCGCCUCGCAGUGCCACGGCUACCGCCGACGACGAAAACGAGGGCACGGCUCUCUCCUCGCCCUGCCUGCGUGAGACUAAGGCCAACCCUCGUGUGUCCUCGCGUGCCGCCCAGAUCACGCCGCUGCCCAGCAGCGAUCCUGCCGAGCCAUCGAGCUCCCAGGAAAACGCGACCACCCCGUUGGACGCCUCGACCAAGGUACCCAAGACCGACGCCCUUCCGUCUCCAUUUGCACCUGCUGAGACGGCACAGAAGUCGGCCAACCGUCUUGCAGUCCCGACUAGCAGUCCGACACGCAAGGCCCGGAAACAAAUCAGUUAUGCAGAGUCAUCCGACGAAGACGAUGAUGUCUUUGUGGCCAUGACUGCCAACCAACGGCGCAACCGCAAUCGCACGCGGACGGUGGCAGACGACGACGAGGACUAUGCGUCCGGCGGUGUUGAAGACGUUGCUGCAGAUGAGGAUGAUGAUAUGGCCGAUUUUGUCGUAUCCGAUGAGGAAUCGGAUGCCCCGUCCAAGGCCAAGAAGCGCAAGCGGCCAUCCAAGGCUGACGCGCCCCGAAAACGGCCAACACCCACGCCGACACCCGUCAAGGACGAGAAUUACGAUGAUUUCGACGAGGAGCUCUUCAACGAGGUGCCCUCGACAUCCACGGCACAGAAAUGGCGCUUCGACCCCGACAAUGUGCAGGCAUCUGAGCCUGGGUCAACCGCAACAGCUUCUGCGCGCACGUCGACCACUGCAGCCUCGACUGCCAAGGCUGGUAAGGAGAAGGCGCACACCAAGGAGCCCGAGGACCGCUACACAUGGCUCGCCAACGUCCGCGAUAUGGACAAGAACGAGCCGGGCCACCCCGACUUCGACAAAGGCACCAUCUACAUUCCGCCUAAUGCGUGGCACAAAUUUUCGCCUUUUGAGAAACAGUAUUGGGAGAUCAAGCAGAAGUUGUAUGAUACCAUCCUCUUCUUCAAGAAGGGCAAGUUCUACGAGCUGUACGAGAAUGACGCUACGAUCGGCCACCAGCUGUUUGACUUUAAGAUGACUGAUCGCGUCAAUAUGCGAAUGGUCGGUGUGCCUGAGAGCUCGCUCGACAUCUGGGUCAAUCAGUUCGUCUCCAAGGGCUACAAAGUCGCGCGUGUGGACCAGAUGGAGUCCGCCCUCGGCAAGGAGAUGCGCGAGCGCGGCGCCUCGUCCGUCCCAAAGAGCAAGCAGGACAAAAUCAUCCGCCGCGAGCUGGCCUGCGUCCUGACGCGUGGAACGCUUGUUGACGGCAGCAUGCUGCAGGACGACAUGGCCACCUAUUGCGCUGCCAUCAAGCAGUGCAUGGUCGACGACAAACCCGUGUUUGGUGUUGCUUUUGUUGACGCUGCCACCGGCCAGUUCUUCUUGUCCGAGUUCGAGGACGACGUCGACCUAACCAAGUUCGAGACGUUUGUCGCCCAGACCGCGCCGCAGGAGCUGCUUCUCGAAAAGUCGCACCUGUCCACCAAGGCUCUGCGCAUCCUCAAGAACAACACGACGCCCAUGACCAUUUGGAACUACCGCAAACCGGGUGCCGAGUUCUGGGACGACGAGAUGACGCGACGUGAGCUCGAGAGCGGCGACUACUUUGUCGAUGAAGAGGGCGCGGCCAAGGCACCCGCCGACUGGCCACAGAAGAUGCAAGAGAUGCGCGAGAAGCCCUUCCUCAUGUCUGCCUUUGGUGCGCUGGUCAACUACCUGCGCGGCCUCAAGCUCGAACGCAACCUGCUGUCCCAGUCCAAUUUUGAGUGGUACAAUCCCAUCCAUCGUAACGGGACGUUGAUCCUGGACGGCCAGACGCUCAUCAACUUGGAGAUUUUCGCCAACACCGUCAAUGGCGGACCCGAGGGCACGCUCUUCAACCUGCUCAACCGGUGUAUCACGCCGUUUGGCAAGCGCCUGUUCCGCAAGUGGGUAUGCCACCCUCUGUGCAACAUCCAGAAGAUCAACGAGCGUCUCGACGCCGUCGACAUGCUCAACGCCGACCGCACCCUACGUGACCAGUUCUCGGCCGAAAUGAGCAAGAUGCCCGACCUCGAGCGCCUCGGCUCGCGCAUCCAUGCAGGGGCUGUUCGCCCUGAGGACUUUGUGCGCGUCCUUGAAGGCUACGAGCACAUUGAGUACACGACCAGCCUGCUGCGCGCCUUUAGUGGCGGCAACAGCAUCGUGGACCAGCUUGUGGCCGCCAUGCCUGACCUCAACGAACCGCUUGCGUACUGGAAGACGGCCUUUGACCGCAAGCGCGCCCGUGAGGAGAAGGUUCUGAUCCCCGAACGUGGUAUCGACGAGGACUUUGACACGUGCUGUGACACGAUUGAGCGCAUCAAAGGCGACCUGCACACUCUGCUCGACGAGCAAAAGAGCAUGCUCAAGUGCCGCUCGCUCAAGUUCACCGAUGUUGGCAAGGAAAUCUACCAAGUCGAAGUGCCCAAGUCGAUCAAGGUGCCCAAGACGUGGCGGCAGAUGUCGGCCACGAGCGCGGUCAAGCGCUACUACUUUAAUGAGCUGACGGAUCUGGUGCGCGAGCUGCAGGAGGCCGAGGAGACGCGCCUGCAGAUGGUCCGCGAGGUUGCGCUGCGCUUCUGUGCCCGUUUCGAUGCCGACGCCGACAUCUGGCUCGAGGCGACGCGCAUCAUUGCCCAGCUCGACUGCCUCAUCAGCCUGGCCAAGGCUUCGUCCUCCAUGGGCCAGCCGAGCUGCCGGCCCGUGUUCGUGGACGAGGAUCGCAGCGUGGUCGAGUUUGAGGAGCUGCGCCACCCGUGCAUGAUCAACGCCGUCGACGACUUCAUUCCCAACGACGUACGCCUCGGUGGUGACGCCGCCAAGAUCAAUCUGCUGACGGGUGCCAACGCGGCCGGCAAGUCGACCAUUUUGAGAAUGUCGUGCAUUGCCGUCAUUAUGGCCCAGAUCGGAUGCUACGUCCCUGCCGUCGCCGCCCGCCUCACGCCCGUCGACCGCAUCAUGUCGCGCCUCGGCGCCAACGACAACAUCUUUGCCGCGCAGUCCACGUUCUUUGUCGAGCUGUCUGAGACCAAGAAGAUUCUGAGCGAGGCCACCCCGCGCUCGCUCGUCAUUCUGGACGAGCUCGGCCGCGGCACGUCCUCUUACGACGGCGUCGCGGUUGCGCAGGCCGUGCUGCACCACGUUGCCAGCCACAUUGGCUGUGUCGGCUUCUUCGCGACGCACUACCACUCGCUGGCCACCGAGUUCGAAAACCACCCGGAAAUCCGCGCCAAGCGCAUGCAGAUCCAUGUCGACGACGCCAACCGCCAGGUGACUUUCCUGUACAAGCUCGAAGACGGCGUCGCCGAGGGCUCGUUUGGUAUGCACUGCGCUGCCAUGUGCGGCAUCCCCACCAAGGUCAUCACGGACGCCGAGGUGGCCGCACGUGAGUGGGAGCAUACGAGCCGCCUCAAGGACAGCUUGGACCGGGCCAAGACGGGCUGCUAUAUCCCGCUGGGCAUCCUGAGCGACGUGGCGGCGCUGCUGCGGCCGGACGGCGAGGCGGCAGGGGCCAACGACAGGGCCAUGGAUCGGAACAGCGUUGAAGUGCUGCUGCAGGCCAUUGAGGCUUUGUAA